GUCGGCGAAUACGGAAACUUUGCCUCUCAUUGUCUUCUGAGAGAUUUACGACCAGAAGGUAAGAAGCAAUAAUUUGCACGAUUGAGUUUUUCAAAGAUCAUCAAAGCACGAGUCCGAAGGACGAGUGCUAGUUGAGGUCUUUGAAAAACUAACGAGAAACCAUCUUAUCACGUAUAUUAUUAAUAUAGUACAUAGAAAUGUUCGAGACAAUUGUAGUUUUAAGUUCCGUUUAUAAAGCGAACCGUCCACUGACAAAAUUUUGUUUCGUGCUUUGCUAUAUCACAUAUAAUAUACAACGCUAACGGCUUGAAAGUUUCACUCAAAUAUAUACUGUAAGUGUUGCUAGUCUUGUUUAAGGUAUAUAGUCUUUUCCAUUAAAAACAAUAUAAAUGCCAUAUUUUCCACAACUUUUACUUCUGUAGCGCGGCUGCCAUGUUUGUCUUGUUUUGUUUUGAAGCAUCUGUGACCGUUACUCGACGACUGCUUUAAGCUGAUUUGUUUGAUUUUAUGUAGAUCCCAAUGUUUUUUCAACCAAUCAAAUCAGUUUGUUACAGAUUUUUGCACUGUUGUUACAGAAUUUUGCACUGCUCUUUGAAGUUGACUGCACUAGUGAAAUCAACCAAUCACAGUCGAGGAAAUGUUUAUGUAUAUUAUUAAUAAUAUUAAAGUAAAUAUUAUAUUAGAAAAAUUCUAUCCCCUAUAGCAGACUAAUCACACUUUUUCUUGUUAGGUUCCACUGUACGGAAGAUUCCUUAUCCGACAUCAAACCCAAUGACAUUCAUGUUUAAUUUAGUAUCCUGUCCAAACUACACAUACGAGGUAUAUACGGCUGUAUAUUGUAAUUUAAGCUAUAUUUUCUGUCUGACGUGAAUUCUUCUGUUUGGACGACUUGCGUUCUGAAAUUUGUUCAAAUGAAGUUGAAGAAAAUAAGUAAAAUAAUGCAUGUUUGCAUGAUCGAAUGUUUAAAGAUAAAUAGGCGGUCUUGGUAGGACAGUAUAGUUUCACUUCUGCAUCUGAGUGGCUUCCAUUCCUGUAAUGUGGACUUUUCUAAUUCUAACAAGGUACACUUCAUUCGUAUGUGAGAAGUGCUUCCACUAAACACUCAAUCACCGCAUUCUAUUAUAGGUGUUUUCGUGGUUGUUCUUCACCGUGAUGACCCAAACCUUUCCUGGUAUGAAAUUUUUGCUGUAUGCCUGCAUGCGUAUAUCUAUAAUUAUUAUUGUUGAGUAUUUUGAAGUACACUGUAUGACCUCAGAAUGAAUCCCAACAAUUUGCUGAUGACUUUCAGUCCUUGCUUUGUUUUAUCAUAGUGGAUAGAAUGGAAUUGGAAGCUCAUUAGAAUAACAAUAUAAUUCAUUAUCUAUGUUAGUCAAUGUUUAUUCAUCAAAUUAAUCAGGUCCUUCACCGUCACGUACGUAUUGUAUUUUUGCCCAACUAACCAAUAGCAAUGUUUUAGGAAAUUUACUUAUCCGUGACUCGAACAAUAGGGUAAAUUAGAAAUUGCUAUUGGUGGAUUUGACAAAAAUACAAUACACACGUGACGGUGAAGGACCGUAUUUAUGAAUAAACGUUGACUAACAUAGAUAAUGAGUUGUAUUAUUAUUCUAACGAGUUUCCAAACCAUCUACUCUAUUAACUAUGGUUUUAUAUUUUUACAUGCGAUUGCCUAGUCUCCCUCGCAGCCGCUUUUUGUUUGGGGAAAAACGAUACAAAUAGGCGUUUGCGAGAGAGACUACAGUAUAUAUGGCCAUUGUCGGACACAUGCAAGGGUGGAAGGUGCCAAGAUUUUCUAAAAGUGACAAGAUUAGCCAAGUAACCAAGUACUUCAUUAGAUCGGAAUAUAGUGGCAACCUAAACCACAUCCAAAAGUAUCCAUGCACCUCUGUUGCGUCCAAUUUUCAUCCUCAUCACUUAUCACCUUCUUCGAAUGACUGAAACCCAUGCAAUGUGAAACUACUGCAUGUAUGUGCGAGUUUUUCAGCAAACUACACUCACUCGUUAACCACGUCUUAUAAAUAUCAUUGUAUAGCUGGUCUAUUCACUUUGGCUGGGUUUCUUCAGAUGACACAAUGGGCGCAAGGAAAACAUAG